AUGGCCGCUUGGGCCAAACCUGAUUCCAGCCAUGCGUCCAAUCGUAUGACGAGGGACAAUCCUCCGCGCGAGCAUCUUUUGUCUACUUUCAAUAAACCCAAGUCUGAAGACGCGAUUCUCGACGUCGCGACAAUCAAUGGGGAGGCUGUUCAACCUGUCGAGACAAAGCCGGAGAUUAAUACAGACGCGGAGCCUUUAAGCUCCGACGAAGAGGACGUCGGAGACCUCAUUGCUGGACCUAGCAUUGAGAAAAAGCCAGAGGAUGAUACAGAUACCGAACCUCUAAGCUCCUCACCUCUCAGCUCCCCACCUCUCAGCUCUGGUGAGGAGGAAGAAGCGGAAGACCCGGAAGCGAACGCUGCUCAACCAAGCAUCGAGAAGAAGUUGGAUAUCGACACCGAUGCCGAUCCUCUAAGCUCCGAUGAAGAGCAAGCUAGCGACAGCGAUGCUUCCCCACCUCGCAAAGAGGUAAACUAUACGACUGCGACUUUGGAAAAGAAGCUUGCGGAAGGAAACAAUAGGGCAUACAAUAGCCCACAAACUCGCAAUGGAUACUCUCGCAAAAGCAAUUAUGCGCGAACCCUCAGUGCUAUGACGGGCUCCGAUGACGAGGAUGAUAUAUUUUUGUUCUCCUCGCAGAGCCACAAGCGGCAAAGGGCAACAAAAUAUGCCUCCAAGCCCUCGACCUAUUUCAACAGGCCAUCUUUCCCCUCACGGUCCACCGAGAAAGAAAUGACCUCCUCGCCAGUCGAAGAAUCCCCAAAAGAACCCGAGGUGACCUUUAUAAUGCCAAAGGACAUCGAAAAUUCGAGUUUCCGAGAACCUCGUGGCGGGAAAGACUCAAACUCUAUAUCGCACCCAUACACGAAGGAAGAAUGCGAAGCAAUGUUGCUUGACGAUGAUUCACCUCUAUCAUCCCCAUCUUCUUCCACUUUCGAGCAAAUGUCGCAGGUCGAUGAAGUGGCAGCGAAAGAAGACCCCCAACCGACAUCACCCCGCCUAGCCCUGUGUCCAAUGUGCCAUAAGGAAGUAGACUGGGCCGAGCUAGAACUGUUCAAAUCACAGCCAAAGCAACGUAUUCGCGAGCAAAUGAUGUUCUGUGAAUCACACAAGCUUCGCAGUGCCAUGGACUUGUGGCGUGAGCGAGGGUACCCUAACAUUGACUGGGAUGGGUUUGAAGAGCGCGUUCAGGGCUAUUUCCCCGAGCUCGAAAAACUACUUGUCCCUGGUGCUUUCUCUUACUACCGAAAUAUUCUUGGUAGCUCUUUCGCACCAGGGAAAGCGAGAAACUCCCGUGUGAGAGUGAGCGAUAACGAGAGACUCGAGACGAUGACCUGUGGUUAUUAUGGUAGUAUGGGUGCAACCAAAAUACUAGAAACAAUCAUCCGUCGUUUUUCUGUGGUUAUACGUCGCCUAGCGACAACAGAUGAUCUUAUCAAGACGGCCGGCGUGGCUGGCUACACACAGUCUGUCCUUGUGCCUGAGUUGGCUGUGCUAAUGGUCAAGGAUGACAUGAAGGUCAACGACGAAGAUGCCCGUCGGAUUCUGAGGGAGAGUAUGGACAUUGGCGACAGAGUCAAUCCAGACUUCAAUGUUGUCCCCAUACCGAAAGAUGCCGAAUGA